AAAUUGUGUUUUUUUAUCAUAGUAUCUAGUUGUUUAAUUUCCAUUCUGAAGCCAGGCUGGGCCAAAAGGCACGAUUAGCUAUAAAAAUCAGCAUGGAGCAGCAUGUGUAAUCUCUGAUAUGAGGCUGAAAAUGAUACUGAAAUACAACAGAAGUCAGAGACUAUCAGCCAUAUUAUGGAAGAUGAACUAUAAAUACGAGCAUAUCUAAUUAUUUCAGGAGAAAGAUGCUGGAUGGAAUCUUUAAUCAACUUUCUUAAUAGGGAAGCGAGAGCUCUGCUGGUUUGUAUGGCAAGCUAUUUUAAUACUGCUGUGUUUAAAAUUGUGUGACUACAGUUACCAAUAGCAAUAAGAUGUAGCUCCAGAGGGGAGUCCUAGUGGUUGCAAAAGUUUUUUCUCUUAUUUCUCCAACAUUUUUGCUCUCUGAAGUCUCAAGUCCACAUUCUCUAUCCUACAGCUUGGUUUUGCUUUUCAGCUGGAUUUUCAAUGUAUGCCAACGGUGGAAUUCCUACAGAACUGAAAACAAAACCUUUCAGCUUUUGGAGUAGUUCUGGUAUGUUUUCCUACAUCACGCCAGUGGCAAAAAUACAGUCGGCAAAAGAUUGUGCUCCCUCAACUUCUGGCAUGGACAGCUGAGGAAUAUAAAGCCUGAUGGUGACAAAGGGUGAUAAUCUCCUAUUUUUCACUAUUUAUCUCACCGGUUUUGGACUUAGCAAUGGAUAUUCUUUGUGACGAGGAUUGCUCUGCGAACCCAACUGCAAACUCCUUAAUACAAAUAAAUCAUGAGAGAAGACUCUACAGAAAUGUUUAUGGAGCUGGAGAGAUUAAUAUAUCACAUCUCUUUAACUUGACUGUGGACUCUGAAAACCUAACCAAUCUUUCGUGUGAAAGUAACAUGAGUCCACCGUGCUACUCUUCCCUGUUUCAGCUUUCACAGAAAAACUGGCCAGCUUUGCUGACAGUGAUAGUGAUUGUUUUAACCAUUGCUGGAAAUAUUCUUGUCAUCAUGGCUGUGUCACUGGAGAAAAAACUACAGAAUGCCACUAACUAUUUUCUAAUGUCACUCGCAAUAGCUGAUAUGCUGCUGGGUUUCCUCGUCAUGCCUGUGUCGAUGUUAACCAUACUGUACGGAUACACAUGGCCUCUACCUACAAAGCUCUGUGCGGUUUGGAUCUACUUGGACGUGCUUUUCUCCACUGCCUCCAUCAUGCACCUCUGUGCCAUCUCGCUGGAUCGCUAUAUUGCCAUUCGAAACCCCAUCCAUCACAGCCGGUUUAACUCGAGAACUAAGGCUUUUGCAAAAAUAAUUGCUGUUUGGACCAUAUCAGUCGGUAUCUCCAUGCCUGUACCUGUCUUUGGACUACAAGAUGACUCCAAAGUGUUUAAGAAAGGCAGCUGCUUACUUGUGGAUGACAAUUUUGUCCUAGUAGGCUCUUUUGUGGCAUUCUUCAUCCCUCUAACCAUCAUGGUGGUCACCUACUUUUUAACUAUCAAGACGCUGCAGAAGGAAGCUAUGCUAUGCGUGAAUGACAUUGGCCCAAAGACCAAGUUUGCUUCAUUUAGCUUCCUCCCUCAGAGUUCCCUGUCCUCAGAGAAACUCUUCCAGCGCUCUUUGAACAGAGACAUGGGGACUUCUGGGAGGAGAACUAUGCAAUCCAUCAGCAACGAGCAGAAGGCUUCCAAGGUUCUUGGCAUUGUCUUCUUUCUGUUUGUUGUGAUGUGGUGCCCAUUUUUCAUCACCAAUGUGAUGGCCGUAAUUUGCAAGGAGUCAUGCAAUCAAGAGGUCAUUGGAGGACUACUUAACAUAUUUGUUUGGAUUGGCUACCUUUCUUCGGCUGUCAACCCACUCGUGUAUACGUUGUUCAACAAAACCUACCGCUCAGCUUUCUCUCGUUACAUUCAGUGUCGCUACAAGGAGGAGAAGAAACCUUUCCAGCUGAUUUUAGUGAACACUAUCCCAGCACUUGCAUAUAAUUCCAGCCAGCUUCAGCUAGCACAAAUGAAGAGUUUGAAAAAAGAGGCAAAAAUUAUGGCUAAGGAUUAUUCGAUGGUCACGAUAGGAAUACAUCAUUUGGAUGGUACCUCCAAGGCAAGUAUCAGCCCAGCAAACGAAAAGGUUAGCGGUGUGUGACGGUCAGCAGCUGCCAUGACCCCCACCGUGCGUACACUGAAAAUUUCACCUGGCUGUGAGAAGCUCUCAUAGCUUAGGAAAAUCAGCCCUGCUCAAGAGACCCUCCAAUAACAUCACAUACUCCUCAUAUUAUCCUGUGGAUGAAAAGCAGGGUUGAAAUGGUAUCAAAUGUGCAAUUUUUUUUCAUACAGUACUUUGGCUGUUUUAAGCACAGGCUUUAUUAAACUUAUUUUUUUAAUAUUCUAAAGGAUAUAUUUCUUAAAGAAAAAAAAAUGCAAUUUCUGGUAUUAUAACAUGGGCUGUGAAGAAACCUAUGCUUUUCUUUUCUCUUUGUAAAUGAAAGCUAAGCUGUCCUUUGAUGUCCUCGCAGAGUAGGCUCCAGCUAGUUUGUCUUGCUACAAUGGAAUUUUGCUAUCAUCUACUGAAUGAGCACUUUAUGGAAUAUUAAAUAAAAUGAUGGUUAAUUUGCUAAUAUAUAUUUAAAAUAAAUUUUAAAGUAUUAAAGAAAAAUCUAUUGAAACCUGUAUAGAUUAAUUAUAUGGACAUUUUGGUAACAGUGUUUUUAUGGCUAUUUUUUUCUUCCGAGUGACCAUUCUGAAAUGUUACUGGGCUUUUCUGCCAUUUGUUCUGUAGUUCAAAUCAGCACUCUUCAAAGGUAAAUUAUACUUGAAUGAUCCUUUGUUUCUACCACCAUUCGUAAUCUUUAUUUCAUGUCUUGUGCUUUAUUUCCGUUGAGAAAGUUUCAUCUGUUCAGCUUAAAACUUGAAAGCAAUUUUUUCAAAAGUAAUUAUUGGGCUUGAUUCCCUGCUCCUUCCCACUGGUGUUGAUAGGGAAGUGAAGUGAAGUGAGAGAAGAGUGGAAAAUCAGGCACAACAUUGCUAAAUAAUUUCCAGAACGAUUCCACGUCCGUGCCUCUGUUCGAUUCCAACAGUCUGAUUUAAGUAAUGUCAGUGGAAGUUUUGCCUGAGUAAAGCCUUCAGUAGAAGGCUGCAGCAGAUCCUCUCUCAUCAUUUCUCUUUGGUUAAAAAGGCCAUUAUGAAGAAUGUCCUUCUGGUUUUGUUUUAGGGCUUAUAGAGCCAGAAUUAUUAGAAAACUGUUAGUUGCUCAAAAUUGUUUUCCCUGGUUUCGCUGUUUUGCUGUUACGGUAGAUUGCUCAGGAACGGUAGGUAGCUUGCACUAUUAGGACUCAGCCUUAAUGAAAUAUGUAUGGGCAAAUGGGGCCCACCUGAAAAAUAACAGGACUUAUAAGCGGCACUGUAUUUCACCUGCGUAGCUCCAAGGGCAGAAUACAUUACACAAAGAACAUCAAAUACAUUGCUUGACAGAAAUGCCUAGUCAUGAAACUGUUUGCUUUCAGGCAUUAUAGACAAUUUCACUGAAGCCAGUGGGACUCCGCUGGAGAGCAGAAACAGAAAUGUUGCAUCCACCUGCAAAACCUAAAGCCAAGCAUUUGAUUCGUUCCACGAAUUUUGCGGCCAUAACCAUCAGAAGCAGGAUACAUUCCAGUUUCAGAUCCUAUCCGCUCUGAAAAAAACACUGCCUACCCAGAAGCCAAACUCCAAAGCCUUCAUCAGUCCUUCUCUUGAAGUUGUUCAGUUUUCACAGACCAAUUAAACUUCCACUAAGGCAAAGAAAGAGAGAGACAGAGAGAAAGUGUAUCUGAUUCUAGCCUACCAGCCGGGGGUCUUUGGAAAAGGAAGACUUUUAGCUUAAAAUACUCAUCUGUGGUAGAAGAGGACUUGAAACUUGGCUGGGUAUUUGGCUGAUUUCCAAGGAACUGCUUUUAUUGCUCUCUUGCCAGUAUGAUAACUAAAUCUGCUGCUUUUAUGAGCCCUUUCCUCCAACGUGGGAUCGGUCAGAGCCACCGUGCACGGGUGACACGGGAGCUCUGUGUGCAUGAGGUGACACCGGCUCGCUC